AUGGGGAGUGAAAUGCCUCAGUGCUCCGUAGAUGGCAUCCACCGAAACCUGACCAUCUACACAGCCCAGGAGUUCUUCUUCGGCGAUCUGGAAGUGGUACUGAUCACAAUCGCUCUCCCAGUGAUCUUCACUGUAGGAUUGUUGUGCAAUGGCGCCUUCAUGUUCGUCGUUGCCCGUGUACCAAGCAUGCGAACUGACACCAAUAUCUACUUGGUCAAUCUAGCAUUCUCCGACAUCCUCUUCCUUCUUGCCUUGCUGAUAAACUACCUCGCCAAGUACCUGAAUUACCAAGUCCGUACUGCUCACUCUGCUGUACCUGACUGCUUCCUGUACAACCUUACUUUGUACACAACACACUUUGCGGGGUUGGCAUUGAUCAGCGUCACGUCAUUGGAGCGGUACAUCGCGGUUUGUCACCCGCUACGCCGGCGGGUGAUGGGCGGGCGUGAUCGGACCGUAAGGUUGGUCGUAACCUGUUGGAUAUCGGCACUUAUCUUCGCUGCUCUGAUGCUACCAGGAUUCGCCAAGUACCAAGAGUACUGCGUGAAGUGGCCAGAAGACAUCACUAAUCAUCCUAAAUAUCAGAACCUCCCAACAGUAGUCUACAUUUGCGAGCCGGUUGAUGAUUGGGCGUACCAAAUGCUGUACCUAACCCAAACUCUGCCAUUUACAGUCGUAUUUCUCUUAAACGUGUAUUUCUACACGAGAAUCGUGUUGCGUCUGCACAAACGCCAUGUCGUAAAAAAACGUAGGUCUGCUAUUCGCACCCGGAAUCAGGUUGCCGUCAUGUUGGUUGCUAAUGGUACCGUUUUCUUUUUAGCGUUGUCCUGUUUUGAGACCGUGUCUCUGAUUCUGUUCUUUGAGCAUACGCUCGGUACCUUUUUCAUUCCCGAUCACGUCCGGCCGCCUUUGCUGGCAGCCGGCAAAAUCCUUCUGUACAUCAAUGCCGCUAUCAAUCCUUUGGUGUACACGGUCUUCAAUUCUCAUUACAGACGCGCGUUUGUGGAGGCUUUCAAGAUGUCUCGACGCUCAAUCAAGUUGCCAAAGCCCAUUCCCCUGACAGGUGGGUUGUUCCACCGAUCCAGCGAGACUGGGAGCCCUGACAAUCAGCCAGCAAAACAGGCCAUUCCCUCGGUCAGCGUAAGCCUUCAAUAA